UUCUUUCCUUAGACACGACUUGCUUUUAUAUACAUCGAUGUUUCAUACCCUUAAGAUCUUAAAGUAUUGAAAGAUUAAUGAGCAUUAGAAAUCACUUAUCCAUAUGUGAAGAUUUCAAAUCUAUUCCAGAUGACCCAAAGGCUGGAGGCGGAAGGGAGCAAGAAUGGCCGGUACAUAUGGGAUGACGGAUUUAACCAUGAUGAUGUGACAAAGAUCUAUGUAAGAGGUGGAUCUGAUGGCAUACAAUUCAUACGUUUUGACUAUAUAAUGAAGGGACAACUCAACAAUGGAUCAUUCCAUGGUGAAUCAUACAAGGGUUUCACACAGACGUUUGAAAUUAAUCAUCUAAAACAUGAACAUCUUGAGUCUGUCAACGGCUACUACACAGAGUCAACUGGGAUUCAAGCACUUCAGUUCAAAACCAACUUAAGAAUUUCUGAACUGAUGGGAUAUGAUGAAAAGGGUACUAAGUUUACUCUAGCAGUCCAUGGGAAAAAGAUAAUUGGGUUUCACGGAUCCAAACAAUCAAAUAUCUAUUCUCUUGGUGCAUAUUUCACAUGGAUAACUCCUACUAGAAUGGAAGCGAAAGGCGGUAAUGGAGGUAAGGAGUGGGAUGAUGGAUCCGACCACGAAGGUGUAACAAAGAUACAUGUAAGAGGUGGUCGUAAAGGCAUACAAUACAUUAAGUUUGACUAUGUCAAGGAUGGACAGCCAAAAGAUGGGCCAAUCCAUGGUUCUAUCUCAGGUGGAGGUUUUGAGCCCGUGUUUGAAAUUAAACAUGUUGACCAGGAAUGUCUAGUAUCCGUGGAGGGAUACUAUGAUGUAACGUCCGGGGUCAUCCAAGGUCUUCAGUUCAAGACUAACUUCAAUACUUCACAACUGAUGGGAUACAACAAGGGUACGAAGUUUAUAAUUUCAGAAAAUGGAAUGAAGAUCAUUGGGUUCCAUGGAUAUGUUGAGAAGAGCUUAAAAUCUCUUGGUGCGUAUUUCACAAGGCUUACUCCAAUGAAAUUGGAAUGCCAAGGUGCUACUAGUGGAGGCCUCCUUUGGGAUGAUGGUGCUUUCCAAGGCAUAAGAAAGGUGUAUGCUUACUAUGAAAACAACUAUAUAAUGUUUAUCAGUUUUGAUUAUGAGAACGAUGGCAAAGCAGAAAAGCGUGACCAUGGGUUUAAAGAUGGAUUCACAGGACAAGAAGGAGAGUUUGUUAUCGACUAUCCAAAUGAAUGUCUCACUUCGGUGGAAGGGACUUUCAGUAACGAAAGUGAAGCAUGGAUUACAUCAUUGACUUUCAAAACAUCCAAAGGGAGAAUCUCUCAGAAAUUUGGAAAUGAACGUUUUGGAGAUCUUGGUAUCCUACUUGAGAGCAAAGGUUGUGCUCUGGCUGGGUUCCAUGGACGAUCUGAUGAUUCUGUUCUUAUGGCUAUCGGAGCAUAUUUUUAUCCUAUGUCUUCUGAUGCAAACAAACUAGAAGCAAAAGGUGGUGAUGGAGGAGCGUUUUGGGACGAUGGUCGCUUUGAUGGUGUCAGAAAGAUAUACAUUGGAAUAAGCUCAAAUGCCAUAUGCUUUGUCAAGUUCAUGUACUACAAAGAUGCUCGAAUGUUCUUCGGAGAUGAUCAUGGGAACAAGACCCAGCUAUUUGGAGUCAAAGAGUUUGAGCUAAACUAUCCAUUUGAAUAUGUCACAUCAGUGGAGGGUAGUUAUGAUAAUAUAUCCGGAGCUAUAACCAUGCUUAGGCUCAAGACCAACAGACAAACCUCUCCAGACUUUGGAGUUGGUACAACAUCAAGUUUCGUAGUCCACAAGGAUAAUCAUAUGAUUGUAGGGUUCCAUGGAAAGUCCAGUAACCUUCUUCUCCAUAAAAUUGGGGUCCAUGUCAUUCCUAUCUGAAUCCUAUACAGAUAUACUCUCGAACAUUAACGUUGAUCUCUUGUCUUUCACUAUCCCAAGUACUGUCUAUGUAAGCAAGAGUCUCAUCUCUCAUGUAAUCUAAGGUUUGAUAACUA